UUCAGUUUAGUAAACAACAGGUUGUCUUGCUGUUUAGUAUUCGCGAUUGAAGGGAUUCAAGACUUAUUGGCUUGAGUCGAUUAGUUCAGUCGAGUUGCUAGCCAGCCUUCAGACUUUUGUGUGUAUUGGACAAUUGAAUAACUGUCAUUUCAUUGUGAUUUAACAUUAGUUUGGCCAACAAGUGGUGAAAAAUGAACAGCCCUCUGCAAAGUCCAACUGACGAGCAGAAAGGCAUCAGAUGGCCUGUUUUUCUCGUCGUAUCUUCCACUGAUGGAUCGUCCCUUCCAAGUGCCUACAAGAAGCCAUUUUCUAAACGCGACCCAGCUCAAGUAGAGAGAACCAACCUGGUCAACUUGUGUAAACUCAUCGUCAAAGAGUUGAUUGAUUCGUCGGUCCAGUAUGGGCGCAUGCUGGACUCGGAUUUCGUCCCCUUGCAACACUUUUUUAUCGUUUUAGAACAUGCUCUCCGUCAUGGUCUCCGACCUAAAAAGGGACUUCUUGGACCCAAAAAAGAGUUAUGGGACCUUUUACAAACUGUCGAAAAGUCAGCCAAUGAAGCCUGUGACAUUACAGCAAGUGUAAGGGACUUGCCAACAGUGAGAACAAGUUUAGGUCGAGCUAGAGCGUGGAUCCGCCUUGCUUUGAUGCAGAAAAAGCUUGCCGACUAUUUGAAAAUUUUGAUUGAUCAAAGGGAUAGUGUACUCCAUGAAUACUAUGAACCUGGGGCUCUUUUACUGUGCGAUGAAGCCGUCAUUGUCCUGGGUCUCCUCCUGGGUCUCAAUGUCGUCGAUUGCAAUUUAUGCUUAAAGGAAGAAGACCUUGAUAGUCAACAAGGAGUAAUUGACUUUUCGCUGUACUUGAGGACAGGUGGCAACAACUCUAUGAAUCCCACUACUGACACAGUAGACUCCUCCAGCAUGACAGCUGUGUUGGACCAGAAAAAUUACGUGGAAGAGCUCAAUAGACAUUUGUCGGCAACCAUCACUAAUUUGCAGACGCGAUUGGAUGGGACGACGACGAGUAAUACGCUCAUGAAAGAAGAACUUGCACUGACCAAGCAAGCUCUGACUAAAGCCCAAGAAGAAAAUACGCUCCUCAAGGAAUAUGUGCGGAAAGAAAGAAGUAAUUCCGGUUGUCAAGAAAUGGAGCCGGUCAAUUCCAAUUCAACCAACAAUCGCUCCAGCACCUACAUGGCGGCAGAGGACGCCAUUGCCGAGGUGAAACUCCAGUUGGCUGAAGAGAAGAACCACCGACUGGAUUUGGAAAAGGAACUGGAACUGCAGAUGAAUAUGCGAGCGGAAACGGAAGUGGCUCUCAAGUUGCUGGAGAAAGACAUCCACGAAAAACAGGACACCAUUAUCUCGCUCCGCAAACAAUUGGAGGACAUCAAAGUCAUCAACUUGGAAAUGUUUCGUAAACUCCAGGAUCAAGAAAAAACUGCCAAUAUCAAGAACGAGUUUAUCGCCAAAUUAGAAGCAGAAAACGGUGAAAAUAAGAAAAAUCUACGCAUUGCCCAAGAACAAGUCGAGGAGAUGAAGUUGACAGCCAAAAGAACAGAAGACAAUACUCGUCGUUCAAUGAAAGAGAACAUGGAAUUGCAGUCGCAAUGUCGAACAUUAGAAGAGGAUCUGCGCCUUGAAAAAGAAUGGCGAUCUUCACUCCAGGAUUCCGUCGUGUCCGAUCGCACGACUAUGGCAGAAUUAAAACAGAAACUCGAGGAAACUCAGGAAAUCCGAAUCGAUUACGCUGAUUUGGAAGGGAAACAUCAACGGCUGUUGAAACUCUGCACUGAUCAAGAAAAAGCUCUCGAAGAAGUUGGCGUUCGGUUGCGCGAUACCAAAUUGGAGGCGGAUAAUCUAAAAGAAGCGACAGUUUGGGUUUCUAGAGAUGCCCAAUGGGCUCCUGAUGAACUGGUGACCCACUGUGGACUGUGCGAGAAGGAAUUUAAUCUAGCUCGUCGCAAACACCACUGUCGUUCGUGUGGGGAAAUUUUCUGCGCAGCUUGCUCUGACCAACAGGCACAAUUGGCGUCUUCGGCCAAACCUGUCCGCGUUUGCGACACCUGCCACACUCGUCUACUCCAACGCUAUUCCGCCGCCUCUUAAGUGUGAACCCAUUUUGAUACUUUUUGUCAAAUGCUUGCUCUCAUUGGAUUUCGGGUGAGCAAGCCAUUUAUUUUAUCAUUCCUUCCAUUCGAUAAAUUCUAUUUCCUGAAAUUGUCUUCAAAUCUUUAAAAAAUAGUGUGCCUCCCAUAUUCUCGGGUGAAAUUCUGUUUUAUAUUUUCAGCGGUUAUAUGCGGUUAUAUAUUUUCAGAUUUUGUGGGUGUAUUGAAAGUCGUUAAAGAUUUGCAUGAAAUUCAAAAUACAUAAAAAAUAGGCUUGAAUUGAAUUGGUUAAUGAAGGUGAAUGGACCAAGGCCUGUAUGGGAGAAAAGCAAAUUGGAGAAUCGCUUUAGUUUUUAUUAGUAGGUUUUGAGAAAGGGAAAAACCUGGAAAAUAAUUUUUUUUUAGGAACAUUUUUAUUUCUUUAUUAAUUCUUUAUUAAUUUGUUUUGUUUUUUUGUCUUUUUGUUGGUUUUGCGGUGUAUCACAAAGCGCACGGUUCAUGCGAUAAAAAGUCGUUCCGGAUUGAACAAUUCUGAGCGUACAACAGUAUAGAAAGCACUCGGGUUGUUGCUGGGCUUCACGGAAAAAACUGAUCUAA